UUGAAUGAUUACAGUAUGUCAGAGGAAAAUAGGACAGACCGGGUCUAGUCCAUGGGACUGCUGUCCCCCCUAUAUAGGACUAUUGUCACUUUUCUCCGAAAGCCUUACAUUUCAACUCACAAGAAGAUAACGAAAGGGACACGAUGCCAAGACUUGUUGUACGGCAGUACAAGCACUCAGAUUUCCCAGCAGUCAAAAAACUCUUCAUUGAAGGAUGUCAUGAACACGCAUACAGUACCUUCUACCAUGCUUUGAGGCUUCCUCACACCUGGCUCCUCAUGAUUCUUGGAUUUCUGCUCCCUCUGGUCACCGUUGGCUCCAUCCUUCUGGCCAUCUUGGAUGUGGUUGUUGUUUUGGUUGUGCUUUGGCUGUGCGGAAGAAAGUUCUUCUAUGACAUUGUCACAAACUGUUUGGCAGCCGACCUGAAAGACAUCCCCAAAUAUUAUCUCCAGCGGGAAGGGUACAAUUACUGGGUGGUGGAGUCCGAUGGGGAGUUUGCCGGGAUGGUGGCCGCUCUCCCGUCAUAUCUUCCCGGAGGAGAGAAAAACACAGAGCUCAAAAGAAUGUUUGUGGUCCAAAGCCACCGGGGCAAAGGGAUUGCUAAAGUCUUGUGCAGGACAGUCAUUGAAUUUGCACGUAAGAAAGGGUGCAAGGCAGUGAUCCUGUCCACCACAACGGUACAAAUCUCCGCCACACAUUUGUACAGGUCGGUGGGGUUUAGGUGUACACACACCAGCUACAUGACCGGGUUCACAGAAAGACUGGUUAGGCUGCAAUGGAUAUAUUUUAGAUAUGACGUCAACAAUAGCAAAUAAAAAUGUUGCUUGAGUCUUCA